AUGGCGCAGGCACUUGCUCUCUCCGCGACGGGCGACAGCGUGGUGCCGCCGGUGGCCCCGCCGUCCCCUAUCAAGCCGGAGCCCGAGUGGGAGCCGUCCCCCAUCGAGCGCUACUCCUGGACGGGAGUAGUGCGCGAGUGGGUACGCGCGCCGCCGGUCUGGAUGGGAGCGACGCCGGCGCAGGAGGCGGCGUACCUCGAGCACUGGCGCACGAUCCGGGUGGCCGAGGAGCGCCGCGACGGCGACCCCGCGCCACCAAGCCAGGCGCCGCUGCCCCUGUGCGUCGCUUGCCAGCCACCGCCGCCCCCACACGCGCUGACCGCCCCGUCCUCUCCUCCUGCCGGCGCGCCUGGACCGGCGCCCCGACGCGCGCCUCCUGCUCUGCUGCUGCCGCAGUCUACUGCUGCCGCAAACCCCACGCCCGCCGCGCCCGGUAGGCCGCUCCCACUCGCCGCUGCUCGCUACCGCGCCGCCCCUGGCUGCCUCCUUGUCGCCGGCGGCCGCACCACUGGCCGUGCCCGACGCCAGCGCCUAGGCUCGCCCCGGUGGGCGCUCGUGGCCGCGCCCGUGAGCCCGCACGCCCGUUAG